AUGGACGAGGACAAUUACACAAAGCUUAUUGAUGCAGUUAGCAGAGGAGACAGCAUUGAGAGCCUGUAUGUGCUAGCAGCAGUUCUCGACAAGAUUGUGGACUUAUCAAAGAAGGAUUCAAGUAAUGACAUUGAAGUGCUCUCAAAGCUUGUUGAGCAUCAAAGAUUGGUGUAUGAGAAGGCGACUUCUCUAUAUGAAAGCAUUCAAACAGAAGGUGCAGACAUCAGUGCAAUUUCUAACGAGUGCAUAUCUAAGAUCAAUGAGCUCAGGGACGCAAUCAAUGAUCACCACCUUUCACUAAAUGUCUCACAACAAAUACAAGAGACAAACACACUCAAUCAAGAAGAGCAAUAA